AUGCAGGUAACUGAGAAUGAAGGAGAACGUUGUGCAAUGUUCUCAAUGGGGCCUGAGCACAAAGAGAUGAACGAGAAUGUUAUGCAGAGAACUCAGGUGGAAGAGAGACCCUAUCAAUGUAGCCGAUGUGGAAAAAGCUUCAAACACAAGCCGAACGUUUAUGCACACCAAAGAGUUCACACAGGAGAGGCCCCCUAUUUAUGUAUGUGGUGUGGGAAAAGCUAUAAGACCAAGACGUCCCUUGUUCUGCAUGAAAGAAGUCACACGGGAGAGAAGCCCUACAAAUGUGAGGAAUGUGGAAGAAGCUUCAGUCGUAAGUCAAUCCUUGCCACGCACCAAGUAACCCACACGGAAGAGAAGCCUUAUAAAUGUUCAGAAUGCGGGCAGAGCUUCAGCCAAAAGUUCAACUUGAAAGUACACCAGAGAACCCACACAGGGGAGAGGUCAUACAAAUGCUCAGAAUGUGGCAAGAGUUACCUUACUCAACCCAACCUUACGGUGCAUCAAAGAAUCCACACGGAAGAGAAGCCUUAUAAAUGCUCAGAAUGUGGGCAGAGCUUCAGUCAAAAGAGCAAUUUGAAAGUACACCAGAGAACCCAUGAAGUGGAGAAAACAUACAAACGCUCAAAAUGCGACAAUGACUUUACUUCUCCGUUUGAUCUCAUUAAACAUAACAGGAUGCACCUUGAAGAAGGACCUCACAAAUGCUCAGAAUGCGGAGAGAGCUUCAGGUGCAGCACCUCCCUUAUGGCACAUCAGAGAAUUCAUAGAGAAGAGGAGCCAGAUUUUGGCCUGAGCCAUGCUUCUGAACCAAGUCUUGUUGAGCAUAAUGUAACGCGCCCUGAAAAGAAAUGUUUUGUAUGUUCCAUUUGUUCCAGAACAUUUGGGUGCAGCAGAAGCCUUGGGUUACAUCAACUGAAGCAUAAAUAG